UUUAUGCUAGAUGGCGUAACUUUUCGUCCAAUCACAGCAAUUCAGAGCAUUGCGCAUUCACACGACUGUCAAACUUGAUCACGGAAGGCCUGUGAAUAUAUGUGUAAUACAAAUAAAUAUCCACGUUAUCAACUGGUAGCAUGGGAUAUUAUUAGUGUUCAACAUCAUGGCUUCUGAUACAAUAAAUGACAGGCUGAGCAUAAAGAAUCUUCUAUUUACAAAGGCUCUACCAAACUAUGUCAUUCCUGUACCUACAGCAGGGUUUAAAACAUACCCAUGCAUUGACUGCGGGGACAGAUUUCUCUUCAAAUCAAGCUUUGAAUACCAUAUUAACCGACAAUCUGUUGUGAUCACCUACAUGUGCAGAUACUGCAAUCAACAGAAAACGUUCAACAACAGAUGCAAACUCCUCUCUCACAUCCGGUCACACGCCUUUAAAACUGCUACAAUCAACGUCAGCGAUUUGCAAGUAGAUCCAUUGCCAGCAAGCUACUUUGAUAAUCUAGCAGCUAAACAUGGCAUUCACUUAGAAACUAACAACCAGAAAACAAUUCUGCUGCAACAAAUUAAAGCCAAAACGCCGAAUAAAUUCUCGUGCUUGGAAUGUAAUCUGGAAAUUACAGUUAAAACACACGUAAAUAAAGACAGAGCAAAGCAUUUUAUGCAGUAUACAAAUAAAGUUCACGCCUGUCCUGUGUGUCUCUUUGCCCUACCAACAACUUGUGGCCUUAAAGCACACUUGCGUCUCCACUCAGGUAACGGGCCGUUUAUCUGUCCAGAAUGUGGGGUCCCCUUAACAAAGAAGAUGAUACAAUAUCCAUACACACAUGAUUGCGAAGGAUUCCGGAUGAUGCGAGCCACUGCUAGGUACAAGUGCCCUCUUCCACAAUGUUACCUAUUUCAUCCAAAUGAAUACAAAUCGCACAUGAGGAAUAACCACAUGAAAAGGGUGCUUAAAUGUCCUUUGUGUGUUGUAGCGUGUUUCAAUGAAGCCACUAUAGCUAAACAUCUAAAGAGCCAUGCUACUGAAGCGAAAGCUUUAAUCUUCUUUCAAUGUGAGAUGUGCCCCGGAAGAUUAGUACUAAAUAAUCAAAUGGAUAAUCAUCUGAGAGGUCAUAUCACUAAUUCUGCUUUUGUGUAUCCCUGCUGGGCUUGCGGUCAAGUCUUUAGGGAAGUCCGCAGUUUAUUGCAGCAUUAUUCUAACAACCACGGUCAAACUGGAAAGUUUACACCCCAGUCAGCCAUAGCACCUGUUUCUGCUCCUAAACCUGAUAGACCUGGUUUGGUUUAUCGUGUAGUAAAAAGGUGUGACAAAUGUACAAGAAGCUUCACUUACAAAUGCAAAUAUGAACAAAUAUCUAUUCUGCCGAAUGAGUGCCCUUUCAAAUGUUCAGCAUCAACCUCUAGUAAGCAAGUCAUCACGGAACCAGAAUUCACAACACCAGCAGAAACGACAAUCAAAUGUUAUUUGUGUAAGAAACACAUACCUGAAAACUGGGAUGAAAUCAAGACUCAUUUUGCAGCUGAUCAUGAAGAGCAUCGCUGUUUGGAUGCGACUCUAGUUAUACCAAAAAUUAACGUUAAGAAAUUCAAAAAAAAGCAAAGGAAUGCCAGAAAACGGCUCCGAAAAACUUUGAAAAGAAUCAAGGAAAUAAAGAACAGCAAAAAUCAACAUACCGGACAGCCUUCCAGUAUUCAAGCUUCAUUCUCCAGUAGUAAUCCAUUAGCUUGCAAAAAAUGUGGACACGAAGCCCAAGACAAACAACAACUGGAAGACCACUUUAGUAGCAGUCACAGAGAUUCCAACAUGGCGUACCAAUGCAUGGAAUGCGGACAAUGCUUCGUAGUUAAACCCUCCUUUACGACCCAUUUGUUAAUUGGGCAUGGUAUAUCCGACGUUAACGAAUAUAUACUUUCAAAACAAUGCUACAAUGCCGAUGCCCUGUUAAAGAAUAAUUUCACUACGGAUAUAGUUAAAGUCGCGGAACCACUGCGCGAAAACCAAUGCCAAAUUUGUCGAGAUCAAUUCGACGACCCAGAUGACUUACAAAAACAUUUCAGAGUUCACGGUAUGGCCUUUUUGAUGAAGAAUUCAUCUGCAAAGAAUAAUAGUCCUUAAAUAUAUGCAUCGCUAGCAGACUACGAAUUUUAGAUUUAGGUACCUAUAUAUAGAUAUAAGUAUUUUUAAUUGGUUACUUUAUAGUACAUUACGAUACAAGUGCGAAAACUAGCACAUUACGUAACUAUGUCGAAAAUUUAAAGGGAAUUGAAAUUAAAAUAUUAAUAGAAAUUUUCAUAUAGAUUUAAUUUUUGAUAUUAAAAUCGAAAUUGUUUUCAUGUCAUAUAUAGUCAGCAAAGCUAUUAACCCUUUACCGCAUAUGCAACCAUAUAUGGCAGUUAUAAUAUUCAACUCUAUGGUAUUAAAGUUCAAAUUUAAACCUUAUUAAUUUAUGACAUGCAUUAAGGGGUUAAUUACAUAUGGAACAUUGUGCGAAAUAAAUAAUUUUGCCGACUGGAUAUUAUGCUAAUAGAUUUAGAAACAUUAUAAACUUUCACUAUCAUACAGGUUUCAAUUAAGAAGGCAUCACAGUUUUGCUGAUUAAGUUAAUUUACAUGAGACAUUUUACACAUUAGGACAUUUUACAACUAAUACGUCAAUCAAUAGUACAGUCAAAAGAUAUAAUUUGUGACCCAUUUAGUACCUUGUCACAGUCACAAACAUCUUAUUGUCACUGUGGCAAGGUACAAAAUACGUACCAAUCUCAUAUUUUAAAAAUAAAACAAGUCACAAAAAAAAGUACACUUGUCAGUAACUAUAAUAGUGGCUACUUUUGCAGCCAACUGUACAAAAAACAUUGAAAAAAUCAUUUUUUGUGGUACACUUAUCAACGAAAAUGGCCUUUGUAUACUUUGUUAAUAUUUAAUGAAUUUGAAUAACCAAUUAAUCACCCAAGUUCUAUGUUCACAAACUUCCAAGAUACAUAGGAUAUCCUUCCUCCCUUUAGUUAGUUAGUUAAACUUUAAAAUAUUAGGUACUUCAGCAAAUCUGUUCUGCAUCAAAAUGCACAUCCCACACCCAUCGGAUUAGUGCAAAGGAGUGCAAAACAGUUAAGUAUUUACAAACAUAUGGUACCACUUUCUCAUACUAGUGUUAUUUAUUUAGUAUACAAAUUUGCAAUGAGUGGUGAUAAAUUAAAACAAGACCGAAGGGAGUAUUUUAAAUUGAUACAAAUUGUGAAUUACCUAAUCCCACAAGUAUUGUACAAUGUUUUACAAUACAUAUAGCCCUUUAACUUUCCGUGCCUAUGACGAAAGUAGCACCAUAGUAAGUAUGUAAUAGUUAUUUACGAUACAAGUGCAGAAAAUAGGAAAUUACCUAUUUGCACGUGUAUCAUACAACAUUUUACAGUACAUAUGGGGCUUUAAAGUUUCAACAUAAGCACGGAAAGUUCUCACUCCCGCACGCGUGCCUGAAAGUAGCGCCAUAUGUACUGUAAAAAUAAUUUUCUGGAUACAUAGCUACCUGACAUUACACACAAUAAACACACACAAUUACAUUAUAAUUUACACACUGGAUGAAUUACAAUAAAAUGUUAUUUAAUUUGA